AUCAUGUCUGUCUCGUUCAGCCGCCAAAGUCGCCACUUCAGCUCCCGCAGCUCCUCCAGUGGCAGCGUGAGCGGCGGCGCGUCCUUGAGGUGCGCGCCCAGCGUGUACGGGGGCGCGGGAGGUUUCGGGACCCGCAUCUCGGAGUCGGCCUUCUCCUCCGGGUCCAUGGCCCCCUUCUCCUCCGGGUCGAUGGACCCCUUCUCUUCCGGGUCCAUGACCUCGUACAGCGAGUCUACGAUCAACAACGAGAAGGGGACCAUGCAGAACCUCAACAACCGCCUGGCCGUAUACCUGGAGAAGGUGCGCUCGCUGGAGGCCGCCAACAUGAAGCUGGAGCUGCAAAUCAGAGAGGUCUACGAGAAGAGAGUCGCUUCUGUCGCCCAUGACUUCACCGGCCACUUCGCCACCAUCACUGGCCUCCGAGCUCAGAUCAUGCAGCGAUAUUCAGAGAAUCAACGUCUCGUCCUGCAGGUGGACAACGCUCGUCUGGCCGGAGAUGACUUUAGAAUGAAGCAUGAGAUGGAGCUGAACAUGUGUUUGAUGUUGGAGGCCGACGUGUCGCGUAUCCGAGGGGUCCGGGACGAGCUGAACCUGAACACCAGUGACCUGGAGAUGCAGAUACAAAGUCUGCAGGAGGAGCUGGUGUCCACAAAGAUCACCCAGCAGGAGGAUCUGCGUCAGCUGAGGAUCCAGCAGACUGGCACGGUUCACGUGGAGAUGGACAGCACCGAGUCGGUGGACCUGGCCGUGGUGCUGGAGGAGAUGAGGGAGCAGUAUGAAGCUGUGGUGGUGAAGAACAAGCAGGAGCUCCAGAAAUGGUUCCAAUCUCAGGUUGAUACUCUCCAGUCACAAAUGGUGUCAUAUUCACAAGAGGUGAAGACGUUUGACACGGAGCUGUCAGAGCUGAAGAGGACCAAGCAGAGUUUGGAGAUCAGUCAUCAGAGCACCAUCUCAGAGUAUCAGUGCCUGAAGCAGAACUUGGAAGAAGUGAAGGUUCAAUACAGCGUCCAGCUCAGCCAUCUGCAGCAGACCAUCAACAUGAUGGAGGCGGAGCUGCAGCAGCUGAGAGUCUCGGUGGAGCAGCAGCAAUCCGACUACAAGAUGCUGCUGGACAUCAAGACCAGGCUGGAGAUGGAGAUCGCCGAGUACAGGAGGCUGCUGGACGGAGAGCACAAGAAGGCUGUGAUCAUCACCAAGGUUAUUCAAGUGGAAGAGCACAAACCCCUCGUCCAGAGGAGAGUGAAGACCAUCGUGGAGGAGAUUGUUGAUGGAAGGGUGGUGUCCUCCACCGUUGACACCCAAGUGGAGGCAGUUCAUUAACUCACUUCUGGUGCCACUAAACAUUUUACUUGAUCAGAAAAAAUUUCUUGCUCAAUAAAUGAUUCACUAGAGGCAGCGGUUAAAUUUCUAGUUGACUGUAUACGUCACAUAGAUUGUUUUAAUGGGGUACCUUUCUUUCCUUUUCUUCUUAAUGCAAAGUUGCAGCAAGGGAUGACCUUUUCCUUUUAAAGAGACGUAUAAUGUGAUCAAAAGGCUCGAAAGCAAAGAUUAAGAUGCGUUUUCUUGAUCACAAACAUCUAUUUAAAUCCAGAGAGGUUGAUUGUAGGUUGAAAAUUCGUCUUUCAUUGGCAACAAUUGCCAAAUAACAAAUACUUGUAUUAGGGUUACAAGAUUCAAGCAAGUUUCAGGCCAUGUAAAGAAAAUAACAAAACGAUCCAUAAUGUUUUUGGUUGUCUGAGCUCAGGAUCGGUGUCUCCUGUAUUUACCCUGCACUGAAAAUCUUCACAUUACACCAAAAUAAAGCCAAAUCAGGCAUUGAUUCUCA